CCUAUUUCAACCUGUCGGGUGGCGGGAACAUUACCCACAAUUCCACUGAUUGAUUUGCGCAUGUCAGUUUAGGACAUUGCAAAUGGCGGCUCUUGUUAUUGUUCCAUGGCGUUUAUGACUUCGUCCAAAAUAUGUCCGUUUUUUCGUCGUUUCUAGAGAUGGCUGCUGACAGUGAUGGAGACCUGAUUGAGACGGUUGUGACUUGUGAAGGUGACUUGAAGGAUCCCAACUUUCCUGAGAAGUUCAAGCUCCUUGUCCAGCGUCUUCGCUUCCUUCUAUGCACAGGGAAGGGAGAGUCACUGCGGGUGGCGAAGGUGGAACCAUGGAAUUCUGUUCGAGUCACCUUCACUAUUCCGCGGGAAGCUGCUUUGCGUCUCCGGCAGUUGGCGCAGCGUGGCGACCAGGCUCUGACCCAACUAGGCAUCCUGUCAGUGCAGGUGGAAGGCGACCAGGUUAUAUCUUUAAGAAUAGCUGGACGAUUUGGAGGCGAAAGUCAAGAAAUCGUUCUACAAACAGCACCUACAGACAACAGUGCACCUGGUCCCAGUGGUGUGAUGCCAUCUGUUGGGGGUAUCACCGUAGAAAGUACUGCAACUGCGUCAGUUGCUGCUUCAUCCAACGCGGCUGUGAGUGGGUUGCGCAGUGUGGCACAAAUCAUUGCUCACACUGUUGGUUCAAUGCCAGCAAGUUCCAGCAAAUCCGAACCACAGUUUCGCAGUCCAAAUGUUGUUGCACCAGUAGACGGUGACCCUAUUCCACCUUUUCCGUCAUCAAGUAAGACAACAACAGGAACAACUGUGAUGGCAAAUCCAUCUGCCAUGGUGACAACAGGGACACCGACCCCUGCUGCCAUCUCUGUUGGGAGUCCAACAAACUCUGUAACUGCUGUUACUGCUGGAAGGACACCUCAACACCCUCACAACUACCAUGGGCCUUUUCCAUUUGCCAGUAUGACCCAUGCUGCUCAUACGAUGCAGAAUCGGGAAACUCAUCAUGCCAAUUCUUCUAACCAUUUGGUACAUCCAAAUCCUUCUAGUGUUACCUCUGCUUCUGGGUCAACUACAUUUAGUCAUCAUAAUUUUGCCACUCCUCCUCCCCCUCCACCUUACCCAGGCUCUUCUAGUGCUGCAAGCAAUGCCUUACAACCUCCACCUCAGCCUUCUGCAGUGCCUGGGAGCCAACCGAGCCCUGUCCAAUCAUUUAAACCUGCUCCUGCUCCCCAAAGGUUGCCUCAAGGUCCUAACUGUCAGAUUCCAAUAUCUGGAUCACCAGCAAAUGUGGCAUUAUCUAGUCCAUUGCUGGUGAACUUGUUGCAAAAUGAUGCAGGAGCAGUAGCACCCAGUAAAAUGUUACCACCACAAGGGGCGCCUGAAAAACCUGGUAGAAUAAGAGCUCCUCAGAAAAAGAUCCCUGUUCGAAGACGACCAGGAAUUGAUGGCACACCAGACAGAACGUCACCAGGUAUGCUAGAUGCUCCUGUUUCAGGUGGAAAAUUGGCUCACCCUACGUACACCAACAUUGGGAACAUGACACCUUCACCAUCCCCUCCAAGUGGGCUGCCAGUGGACACAAAUUUGCAUCUCUCACUCGGGGUUGCUUCCAGCCCUACUGGUUCAUUACCAAGCACAAGUCCUUCACCUAUAUCUUCUGCUCCUACUACUGUACCAUCUCAACCACUUCUUGGGAAUAGUGGACCAGUUGCAGCUGCCCCAUCGAACCAUCCAAGAUUGCAGCCACCUCCCCCAAGCCCAACGCCUGGCCCCCAGAAGUAUGCAGUACAACAGCCGCAUCAACAACAGGAUAUGGCAAAUUUCAAUUCUUCUGGAGUUAUGCCAUCGGUGAGUGUUCCAUCAUUGGGUGGCAAGCCAGGGAUUCAGCCAUCACGGGAUAUGUUGGUUCCAAAUCCUGGUUUGCGCCUUCAGCAGCAGCAACAACAGCAGCAACAGCAACAGCACCCACAGCAGCAGCAGCCAAGAAUAUUGGCUGGCCCAGUCAUGGCUGAUCAAAGGAUUCCACCUAGUACCGGAAAUCCUAUGAUUUCUGGCCUGGGAGGUGUUUUAGGGGCUCGUGGUGGAGUGGUGCCACCACAGCAGCGGCCACAACUAUUGGCGCAGCAGCAGCAGUCCCCACAUCAGCAUCAACUCCAGCAUCAGUCUGUGCAACCUAUAGGACCAGGGCCAGGACCUAGCCUUUCACAAGGGCCAACAGCAAACCCACCUCCUCCAUAUCCACGAGGACCUCAGUUGCAGCCAACUAGGUUUCCACCACAGCAACAACCACAGCCACAGCUGCAUCAGCAACAGCACCAACGGCUGAUGGCUCCUGUGAACAAAGACCUUCCUUCCUCUUCUGCCCAACCAAUCAAAAUGAAUUAUGUGCAGAACUCUGUUCCAGUACCAAGUGUUGGGCCAGAGUUCAAUAGAAUGAGCACAGGUAUGAUAGGUGGUGCACCUGAUGCUCGUUUGAGUAACCAUGGCCAAGCUGUUAACAGUGCCAACAAUCCAAAUAAAAUGGUUGUCCGUUUGCCUCAGCCACAACCUGGGUCAUUGAGUGCAGCCAGUGGUACAGGGGCGUGGCCUCGACAGAAUCAAGUGCCUGGAUACUCUGGUGCUCAGACACCAACAUCUCAACACCAUUCUGCAGCUCUGAGUUUGAGUCAGCAGCAACCACAACAACAGCAGGCACAACAGCAACAAACAGCACCACAACAACAGCAACCACCACAGCAGAGGGUGUUACAACAUAACUUUAAUGUCCAGCAGCAACAACUGCAGCAUCAACAGCAACAACAACAGCAGCAUCAAGCACCACAACAGCUACAGCCACAACAACAACCACAACCAUCUCUGUUGCUGUCCCAGCAAGUUAAAACUGCAGCAAAUCUGGAGGGGUCUGAAAAAGACUCUAGUCAACUGCAGACAACUCUACAAUCCGCAUCUUCAGGCAGUAAUGCAAGCAGGCCAAUGUCUCCUCCUGUUUCACCACCGCACCAGCCUCCUCCUCCAAUCUCACCAGAUGCUCUGACUUCCACAGGAAAGCGUCGCCAGUUCCUUAUCAAUCCCCUCACAGGUCACCUGGAGCCCAUGCCCAGUGAAAGUAGUUCGGAUAGUGAACCUGAAUCUGCUGGUCCAGGGAUGGAGCCGAGCGUUAAUGAAGAUUUCUAUUUCUCAUCACCAUUAAAUGAUCGCUCGAAUUCCAUGUUUUCAGAUGAUGAUGAUGAUAUAAGUAGCACUAUAUCCCGACGAGCGGACACAACAACAACAGAUCAGUCAGACUCUGAAGCAACUGUUAGGUCCACUGGCAGUGAUGCAUCUUCAACAGUUCGGCAUCAUCGACUAAAAUUGCCCAGAGACACUGCUCAUAGUCCAGCUCCUGCUCAUGGUGGUCCUGGAGAGAAGAUCAAAUUGCGUUUGAAAUUGGAGAAAAGUGAACCUGCUUACAAAGUGGAUGUUUCUUUUGUUAAUGUGCAGAGUGCAAAAAAAGGAGAAAGUGGUCGCAGUGGCAGUGGUGGCAGUGGUGCUGGGAGCAGUGGAAAUAACCUGCCUAGUGCUGGUUCAAUGCCAAGUGGUAAUAGGAUGUUCAUGGGGUUGGGAAGUAGUGGCAAUCAAUUAAGUCAUGUGUCUGUGUCAGGUAGUGGUGGUGCAUGUGGUCUAAGUGCAGGAGAAGAACCACGUGUCCCUCCAUUGCAUAUUUCCUUGCGCGGUAGGAAUGCUGCUGUUGUAGUGAGUGGACGCAAGGAGAGCAAAAAGUGGCAGAAUAAAGAAGUGUUUAACAACAGUGGAGGUGGAAGUAGUGGUGGUGGGAGUGGUAACACUGGUGGGACUUCGGGGGCACUUACUCCAGCAAAGGUCUCUUCUAGUAAGCGGUCGUCCUCCAAUAAGAUAAAUCGUUCCUCAUCCAAAAUUCGGGAUAGUGCAACUGGAGGGUCGGUUGUGGAUGGUGUUGGGACAGCUUCUGUCAUGAAACUGAAGAAGGUGGUGGGUGCAAGUGGAAGUGUAGAGGGUGGAACCGGUGGGUUGGGCUCAUCAGUAAUAAAGAUGAAAAAAUCAGUGGCUGAGGGGGUUAAUCAUGCUAAUCCUUCUGGUGUAAUGCGUUUGAAGAAAACUCCUAGUGCUUCAAGUCAUGAAAGUAUUAGUUUGUCAUCGGUUUCUCCGAUGAUGAUCAAAAAACCAGCUUUGAUAUCCAGUCCGAGUGUUGAGAGUGUGAUGGCAUCCUCCACAUCUUCAACCUCUUCAUCCUCUUCCUCUUCCUCUGGGAUGCGAUUCAAGAAAUCAAAUGCAGAUGUUACAAAUUCUAGUACAAGUUCACCUGUUGUCCGUAUCAAGAAACCCGGUUCAGCUGGUUCAGUGUCACCUUUUGUGUCUGCAAAUGCUGGAACUUCUCUGCCAAGCAGUGCUAAAGUGUCAGUGAAAUCAUUAUAUAAGAGUGAUCCAUCAUUUGAAAAGGCAGUGAUAGGAGGAGUGGGGAGAGUAGGUUUGGGGAGUGGUGGUGGUGUUGGUGGUGGUUCUGGUGAAAGCUUAGGGAAGCCAAGGACAAAGCGUCGUGAUCAUGAUUUAGAUGAUGUGCCAUUGAAAUCACGAAUUGGAGAUGAGCAACCUUCACCAGGACCUCCCUCUAGAAACAAGAUCUCUCCCCUGACUGAUACUUCACUCAUAAAGGGAUAUUCUUCAGAUCCCUCAGAGUUUUCUGUAGUUCAUUCCAUGGAAACUACAGACAGGUUGGAGGGCUUGCCUGCUACAGAACGAAGUGUGGGUAGCCAUAAAAUUGGUGUUGGUGGUGGGAAAACUAAACGGAAAGAGUCCAGAAAACGGUCUCAUAAUCCUGAAAACUCCCAUCAUAGAGAACAAUCUUUAUUAACUGGGGGGAGGAUAAUGGAUAGUUCACACGCAAAGUGGCGGGCCUUAGGCAAACCAGAGGGAGUAUUAAAGAGUGAUUCGUUAAGUGACAGUAAACUACAUAUUGAUUCCUCAGUGAAAAGAAAGGAUGGUGUGUCUGGCCUUUCGAGCAGUGGAAGUGGUGUGAGCAGUGGAAAUCCUAAUCGGAGAACUGGUGAAUCCCUGGAUGUCAGAGGAAGUAAUAGUGCAGAUGUGUUGCAUCGGGUUGGAAUGACUGUAGAUGAAAAUGGAGACCUCCCGAUCUCAUCUUUAGGCACCACAGCAGGAGAGGAGAGGAAGCCCAGAAGGCCAAAUGGUCCUGAUGAAGGUGGACUCAGCCUCACAGAUUCUCAGGGCGCAUCUUUAGCUGUGAAGGCGAAGGUCCACGCGCCGGGCGACUCCCACGAGCCUCAAGGCCCUCUCCUGGGCGGGGCGACGUCGAGCAAGCAGCUGCAGCCGUCGCAUCCGCAGCACCACGCAGCGCACCCGUCGCCGCUCACCAGCCCGAGCAAGCAGGCGCCGCCGCACCAUCACCACCACCACGGGCCGCACCACCCGAAGGCGUCGGGCGGCGCCCGCGAGGAGGACCUGGCGCUGGCGCGGCAGGCGGCGGCGGCGAAGCGCGCGGCGGCGGGCGCCAAGAUGAGCGAGUUCCUGUCGGCGCAGCGGAAGGCCCUGGCGGCGGCGGCCGCUGCGGCCGCCGGCGGUGGCGGCCCCAACUGCGUGGUGGGUGACAAGACCCAGCUUCAUUCGCGCGCCGACAACGCGGCGGCCCUGCAGGCCGUCGCCAAGCGCCGCGAAGAAACCCGCCGCAAGCGACGCCGAAAGCAAGAUCUGGACGGUCGUCUGGGCGGUGACGACGCAGCCCUCGAGGACGGGCUGGACAGCGCCUUCUUGGAGGGGUUGGGCGGCGAAGACCACCCGUACGGUACGCGCGGCUCCUCCACCGGCGCCGGGUCCGGCUCGGGCGGCAGCAAGCCGCAUAAGUCGCUCCUGGAGCAGCUGUUGAUCGAGAUCCCGUCCGACGCGGAGAGCAAGCGCGGGCUGAGCACGCGGAACACGCGGUCACGGCUCGCGUCCGACCACCAGCGGCACGGCGGGAGCCCGGACGUGUCGUCGGCGUCGUCGUCGCUGCGCGGCACCCCGCGCAGCUCGCCGCACGGCGUCGCCAAGGACGAGCGCUCGGCGUCGCCCCUGGUGGCGAAGGCGAGCCCGCGCGGCGCCGCCACCGGCUCCAAGCUCAGCCCCACGGGCGCGGCAGCGGGCGCUCUGGGCACGCGCGGCAAGCGCAAGCGCCACGAGUCGGAGAGCAGCGCGGCGUCGAGCGGCGCCGCCGAGGAGGCGCCCGUGGGAGCCGGUGGCGGCGGGGCGGGCCGUGGCGCUAGCGCUGGCGCCGGAGGCGGCGCGGGCUCGGGCUCGGGCGCGGCCGCAGGCACCCCGCGCGGCGGCAAGCGCAAGUGCUACGAGAACGCCAACGAGUUGAUGCGCUACUGCAUGGGCGUCGAGGAGACCACCCCGAAGCGACCCGGCGCCGCGUUAGGCGGCCUCCGGCAGGCCGGGGAGGACGGCGCGACGGCGUCGCCCACGGGUGGCGACCAUGUCGCCACGCCUCAGGGAGGACUCACCCCUGCUGCAGAGCAUCGGAGAGGCGUGCACAAAGCCAGGAAAGCUUCUGGGGCAUCGGUGCUUCUGGUGGAUGUGGAAUCUUCAGACGAUGAACCUCUAAUUGAAAUUGCUGGCAAGACAAAAGGUCAUGCUGGAUAUGAGGAGCGAGGAACACCUCUUCAUAAAGGACGUGCUAAUAAUAAAAUGAAGGAAGAUGAUAUUAAGAGCAGUUUGGGACCAAGCCGCUUGAACAACACUCGUGCUGCCAGUCAUCUGAAGCAAACCAGUUCACCAUUGGGACUCCAUCGUGAAGGCCAAGCCACUCCCACAGCAAUGCGCCGCUCUGUGCGCCAGACUCUUGGUGUGGGUUCAAAGACCCCUGCUCGUGGCUCACCGCCUCCUCCAAAUAAAGCAGGUGCCAGCACUACUAUCAGUACAAGAGGGGUUGUUACUCGGCAAGUUGGAGGCGUCCCAUCAGCAGGUGCUGCUGCUGGUGCGCAUGAUGAGGUCAAUACACGCCGCAAGACUCGCAGUGGUGCUGCAGCUGCCAGUGGGGCUUCAGUUUCAGAACCUGAAAAUGUUCAGAUGAAGAGGCGUCGAUCAUCCAGAGACGGCAAAUGACCCUUGGACAUUAGUCCGAUUGACUGCGAUGUUGACUGAUGAAGGUGCCAGUGAAAUGGGUGCCAGGAAUACUGUUAAUAGCUUAUGAAAUUCUUUAAAAGCAGGCAAAGAGAAACUCCUCAUUGAAAUUAUCAACUUCCUCUUGAUUUAUGCUGCAACUUAACAUGUUUGUUGCUGAUGUUUGGUUGCCUUAGGCCAUUCAGUCCCUGUGUAUUUGUAUUCUUUGUGUGUGCAUUGGUUGACAAUUGCACUUACUUGUUGUGCAUGCAGUCAUACUGUAUCUGUGAGUAAUUCAAGAAGUUCAACCUCUGCAUGAACACAAUUGACUUGCUGCAGAGAUACUCACUCUAUGUGCAUAGGUUGUGUUGUCUUUUAUUUUUGAAAAAUAGUUCUGUUAAAUUGAUAUUUCUGCAUUAUAGUUUUACCUUCUUGCUUUAUAUUAUCUUGUUGAAAAUUGAAAUUAUUUGUGGUUGUUCUCACAGUUUUGUUUUCGAUCACUGACUUUGGCUUUGUAGGUAAAUUGUUUUAAUGUAUGUUUAUAUAUUUUGGGGAUAUUAUUUAGAAAACUAGUAGAUGUGUAGAAAUCAGUUUUUUGUGUACAACUGCAUGUUUGAGUUUCGAAAUUGAUGUUACACAACCUAUGUACUUUUAUCACUGUUUUAAUGUAUAUUUGCAGUAUUACAUGCUAUAGUAGUAUGUAAUAUUUAUAACUAUAUCAUUGUCAAAAAUAUAAUAGUGUAUAUAGUCUAUACUGCACUCAAACUUUAAUCAUACUGACUGAUGUGAACUUAUUUGUUAUUUUGUCUUAGUGUGCACAUUCUUUCUAAUUCCUCACAAGUUCUCAUUUGUUACAUCAAAUUAAUUCAUGGUGUUAGUUGUAUGUAUUACAGCUUAUCAGUAUGAAAUUAAUCUAAAACCACUUAAUCUUCUCUUCUUUUCUGCAUUCUCCCCCCUAUAAUGUUUCCCACAUAAUAUUAAAUUUGAUGUUUAGAUUACAACUUGUGAGAAUAUUAAUAUUUUUAUAUCUUUCAUUCAUGUUGCGUAAUCUUAGUUUCUGAGACUGAUAUUAACUGUUUUGUUUACAAAUUUAUUCGUUAGCUUAUUUAAUUUAUGGUUUGUGCAUUCUGUUUUCAUUCUUUGUUCUAUUCUAAAAAUGCAGUGUUAAAGAAAAAAUCAUUGUUAGUCAGAACAAUGUGGCCAGUACAAUUUUCUCUUUAUAUAAACGUGGUGACAGUGACCUGCAAAGUGGUAACUUGUAAAAAUGAAAAUGUUAAAUCUGUAAGGUAUCACUCAGAAUGUUUCAGGAGAAAUUUUUAUGGUUUUCAAUGUUUAAUUGCAAUGGGUAUCGAAGUGUAAUUGAUUAAGAUGGGAUGUAUUUAAUGGUCUGCAUUUUUGUGAUACAUUUUAUCUCUUUUGUUAUAAAUGAAAUGCUAAAUGAACUUUUCAUUAUUGUGGAAUGUAAAGAGAGAUUUAUUUUAAUAUCGUUUCAUUCAUCAUGUAGCAAAUUUAACUUAUAGUAUGAUGUGUUGUGUGUGUGAUACCAGUGUUUACACAGAAAGUGUGCAUUUGUGUUUAGAGCGUAUGGCAAAGCGCUAGAGUUUUUAAAAAUCUUGUUUUUAGAGUGAUUGAGAUAAACUAGAAUGUUAUGUUGUAUGCUGUACAUUUUGUUAUAUUUUACUGAGUGAUUAAGUAUACGUCUGUACUACUUGUUCGUUAUUUCAAAACACGAUUCAUAUCAAAGCUUCAUUGUAUUCAUAUGAAAACUACUUGUGAGUCUGUGUGCAUACAUAGUAAUUAUUAAGAAAAGAGGAACGAAGUAUAUUGGCUUUGGUGAAACUGUCCAGUGUUGAUGGUGACAUGUGAGCAGUAUUCUGAGGACUAGUGCAGUUAUCUGCUGAUUGAGUGUGAGGUGAUGCUUUCCUCUGGCUGUUACUCAAAAAAAUCUUCUUCAGGUUAUGAGACCUACUCAAAAUCUCUUUGCCUCUGCUAAUGGUUUCUGGUCCUUUCAUUACUAUCAAAACCAGAUAUAGAACAGUGGGACAAUAAAUGUUUAACUACCAUACCCAUGAAAUGAUUGAUGGGACCAAACAGAAUAACUGUAGUUGUUUCAUAUUGUUUCAUAAUGCUGAGUUACCAUCAGUUUACAGCCAUUGUUAGCCAUGCUCUGAUGUAGUAGCUCAUUUUUCAGCUGCAACAGUGGUGCAUGUGCUAUUGACCCUUUAUUUAAUCCAUAGUUUAUACAUUCCAGCUAAUGUUUGUCAGUGUUGUGUAUUUUUCUUUUGUUUAUUCUGCUAAUGCCAACAUAAUUGAUAAGAGUUGAAGAUAAAAUAAUAAUUUGCUAGUCUUUGGAGUGUAGAUUAUCUAACACAUAGUGGACUGUUGCUUUUCAUACUACUCAGUUUAUUUGUAGACUAGUGAAUGACGGCUCAGCCGUUUGGGAGGGUUGGUUUGGGCUUGCAAGGCCCCAAGCAAGGCUUCUAGCAGCUCAUGAGCAGAGUGAUGUACAAAACGGGUUGAAGAAAACAAAUAUGAAGAUGUCCACCUUCCCAGUUCUGGUUAAUGAUUUUUCUUCUUCUUCCCCUUUUUUUAUUCUUUUAAUGGUUUCAAAGGAAUUAUUGUGUACUUGAAAAAUAUAGCUUAAAAGCAUUUUUAUAUAGUACUUAAGUGGUGGAUGCCCUAAGUACCAUAGUACUCAAAUUGAUAACUGCAAUAGUUUCAUUUGAUUGUGACUUGAACAUUCUCAGUGGUUCUGAAGAGUGUUUUUUGUUGUAUCUUUAUUAUUUCAAACCUUUAGUGUAUGUUGCAAUAUUGCUAAUGUGUAUAUUUUAAUUUAUAAAGUUGUUGAUCAACACCGUAACAAAUAUUACAAUAUACUCUAAAGAUAUUAUUCUACUGUGUGUAAUCCCAUAUGCAGGGAUUGCAUCAUAGAUGUACAUAUGGUUGCAGACUUUCUUUAUGCAUUUCAUUCCCAUUAAUUAUGUUUGUACCCUGCUGUGCAUUUAUGGCGAUCAGCUCGGGAACUAUACCACGUUUCAUACUGUAGUGCUCAAGGAAGAAAUUUCGGAAUGAGAUUGCACACUUUUAGAUGGUGAACACAAAGAUGUAAAUAGUGUUUAUUUUGUGUUUUGCCACCCCUUGUCUAGAUCUGUGUCUUGAAAGUAUAUUUUGAAAAAUGCAUUCAUUGCCACAAUUGUACAGAUGAAUCCUGAAUUGUCAAAUAGUGUAAAUAGUGUGUGCUUUAGGUCACAAGUGUAUGCAGACAGUUCGAGAGAUAAACGUUCUCUCCCGCCAAAGAAACUUGUUUUUCAUCCCGUUUUGCUUUGUUGGACCUUUUUAUGCGUGUUGAAGAAUUAUAAAUAUAUAUAAAUAUAAACUAUGUACAAAGAAAUAUUACUAUACUGAUUAGAAGUGACAAAGCAAAAGAAUGUAAAUAAUGAAAUCGUUUUCUUUUUAUCACUACUAUUAAGGAAAGAAUUAUGAAUUAGUGAUCUUGUAUGAUUAAAACUUCAAUUGAGCUGUAUUAAACGAUAAAUGUAUACACACUUGCCCUCUUCUCAUUUGAAGUAUUGUAGCACUAUUUUUAAUGCUAAAUUCACUUCUGUCGUCUUGUUCUGAAGAGGCUGCUUACUAUUAGGAGGUUGCCUGAAACUCAGAAAUCACAUUUCUCAGAAACAAAUUUCUUAAUGUGUGUGCUAGGAAAGACUGCAUUGUUGAAGUGUUAAGUAAGCUUUAUUUGUUUAAAAGUACUGCAUUGGGAGUAGGUGUCUUUAAUUUUCAUUCAGAUUGUGUGACUUCCCUUCUUUUAUUAUUUGAUACUGCUGAAUGCACUUUUAAUGUUUUCAUUGCAGACUUUUUAAUCUAUUAUUAUGAUUGAUCAUAUUAUUAGAAUCAUUGUAAUUGCUAUCUUGUAUGGUUCUAUAUGAUUCUGAAUGUAUAGGUAUAGAUAGUUGUGUGUAUCUAUAUCUAUAUAUGAAAUAUGAGUCUUGUGAAAUAAUUUGUAAAUACUGUUGUAUAUACUUCAUGAAGCUAGUUUCUAAAGAAAUGAAAAGAAUGUAUAUUGUACAGAAAUGCCAUGCUCUAUAGGUUUAUUUGUAUUUUAGUACAUAUUAUAAACAUUGUCAUUACUACUAUUGUAGCCCUGGAGUCAAAAAUGAAGUAAUUUAAUCAUAAAACAGAAUGGUGGCAAUUGUUGUACCUCAUUGUAGACUAGCACUGUUAAUAGAAAACAAAACAUUAUGUUUA